AUGCCCGAAUACAGACACCAUAUUGCCCUCCUAGGAGUAGGCACCAUCGGUCUCUCAAUGCUAGCCCUCCACCUCCGCCGGCCCGACACAAAAGUAACCGUCUUCGACCCACGCCCAGACUAUGAAGUUCUCCUUCGCGCCCAGCUCCCUUCCUUCCUAGACACAACUCUAUCAGGAUCCCAACCCGAUUCACAAAAUGCAAUCACUGCUCUGAUCGAAUCGUCCCGCCUCUCAUUGGCAGCAUCCAUUCAAGACGCCGUACACGGCGCAACAAUCAUCCAAGAACAGACGCCGGAGAAACUGGACUCGAAACAGGCUCUUUGGAAGGAGGUUACGAGGUUUGCGGACCCGGAGGCUCAUCUUUGGAGUAGUUCUUCUGGGAUUGCAGCUUCAAUGCAGGUUGCGGAGUGUGAGCAGAAUGUGAAGGAGAGGUUGGUUGUUGCGCAUCCAUUUAACCCGCCUCAUUUGAUGCCUCUUGUUGAGAUUGUACCUGGAGAAUACACGCGAUCGGAGCGUGUGGAAUUUGUGAAGGCUUAUUUCGAGUCUGUGCCUGGUCCUUCGCAUCUGCCUGGUUCGAAGGAUUCGCGGGACCAAGGACAGUAUUAUCGGCCUGUCGUGCUGCAAAAGGAGGUUCCUGGGUUCGUGGGCAAUAGGCUUGCUUUUGCGCUGAUGCGGGAGGCGUGUUAUCUUGUUGGAGAGGGGGUGGUAUCGGCUCGAGAUCUGGACUCGAUUGUCACUUCUAGUCUGGGACCGAGGUGGGCUGGGAGUGGUGUUUUUGAGAGUUAUCAUGCUGGUGGUGGAGAGGGUGGUAUUAGUGGGUUCUUGGACAAGUUGGCGCCGACUAUGAAGGAUGUUUGGGGGUCUCUGGGACAGAUUGAUAUUCAGACGGAGGGAGGCGAAGAGAAGUGGAGGGAUGUUGUUGUUCGAGAGACGGAGAAGGCAUAUGGCCCUUGUACUUCGGAAGAAACACGGCAGAGAAAGGAGGUGAUGUUGCGGGGGACUAUUGAGAUGCAGCAGCAGUGCUGGAGUAAGGAGUGA